ACACACCCCGUUGUCCAAACUCAAAACCUACCCCAAAUUGCUUCCGGUCCGUCCCUUUCCCUCUCUCUGUUGUAUGUGUUAUGAUUCGAUAUUCCGCCGGAGCAUCAUGAAGUACAGGUAUGCAAUGGUGUGUUCGUCGAACCAGAAUCGGAGUAUGGAGGCUCACUCCUUGUUUAAGAGGCAGGGCUAUGACGUAUCGUCCUACGGCACCGGGUCUCACGUCAAGCUCCCUGGUCCCUCACUAAGAGAACCUAAUGUCUACGAUUUUGGUACACCGUACAAGCAGAUGUUCGAUGAUCUCAGGCGCAAAGACCCUGAACUUUACAAACGUAAUGGCAUAUUGCCAAUGCUGAAGAGGAAUAUAGGAGUGAAAUCAGCACCACAACGUUGGCAAGAGAAUGCUGCUGAUGGUUCCUUUGAUGUGGUAUUAGCAUUUGAAGAGAAGGUUUUUGACAUGGUCAUUGAAGACCUCUUUAAUCGAGAUCAGGCCCUUAUGAAAAGUGUGUUGAUAAUCAACUUGGAGGUGAAAGAUAACCAUGAGGAGGCAACCAUAGGUGCUCGUCUUGCCUUAGAGCUGUGUCAGGAGGUUGAAGCAGCUGAAUCGUGGGAGGAUUCAAUUGAUGAGAUUGUGAUUAAUUUUGAGAACAAUCACCGUCGGAAGGUGUUGUAUAACAUCUCUUUCUACUGAAAUAUUUUAACCAAAUAUACCAAUAUAAUGUGUAUAAUUAUUCUU